AUGUCCGCAGCCCCGCGCCCCGCGGCCCCGCGCCCCGCCCCGGGGCCCCGCAAGCCCGCCCCGCGGAGCCUCAGCUGCCUCUCGGACCUGGACGGCGGCGCGCGGGGGGAGCCGCGGCCCUGCCGGCGCCCCGAGAGCCCGGGCGGCGAGCCCGGCCUGCGGCCCAGCCUCCAGCGGCGGGCGCGCUCGCUGCCCAGCUCGCCCGAGCGCCGCCAGCAGGGCCCCCGCGCGCCGGGCAGUGCGUGCCGGCCGGGGUGCAGCCGGCAGCUCCGCGUGCGCUUCGCCGACGCGCUGGGCCUGGAGCUGGCGCAGGUGCGGGUGUUCCACGCGGGCGACGACCCGGCCGUGCCGCUGCACGUGCUGUCGCGCCUCGCCGUCGGCGCGGACCUGUGCUGCGGCCGCCAGGACGCGGAGUUCACCCUGCGCUGCCUCGUGCCCGACUUCCCGCCGCCCGUCGAGGCCCCGGACUUCGCCGAGCGCCUGCGGCGGCAGCUCGUGUGCCUGGAGCGCGUCACCUGCUCGGACCUGGGCGUGCGCGGCUCGGUGCGCGUGUGCAACGUGGCCUUCGAGAAGCAGGUGGCCGUGCGCUACACCUUCUCCGGCUGGCGCAGCGAGCACGAGGCGGCGGCGCGCUGGCGCGGGCCGGCGGGCGCGGGCGGCGCGGAGGACGUGUUCGCCUUCGGCUUCCCGGUGCCGCCCUUCCUGCGCGCGCUCGGCUCCCGCGUGCACUUCGCGCUGCGCUACCGCGUGGCGGGCGCCGAGUACUGGGACAACAACCUGGGCCGCGACUACAGCCUCACCUGCCGCGACCACGCGCUGCGCAUGCCGCGCGGCGAGUGCGAGGAGAGCUGGAUCCACUUCAUCUGAGCCCGGCCCGGCCCCCCGCGCCUUGCGCCCUGACCUCGCCUCCCGCCUCCCCCCCGUCCCAUCUUCUACUUGAAAUGCCCGCGUCGCUCGGUCUCCGUGGACCUCAGGCGGCCGGGAGGCCGAGUGUGCAGUGGGGGGCGCGUCUGGGCGCGUGGGUCGGGCGAGGGUGCCCGGGCAGGCCGGGGGGAGGCCUGCGCCUGCCUGGUGGGAGAGGGCGCGGGCGUUGCAUGUGCCCUGCAUGCGCCUCUGUGAAGAUGGCUGUUCCUUGUUGUAAGCGUCGUGAUGUCGGGCCCGCUGCCCAGGUGGGGCCUCCUCAGGAACAUUCUGUGUUUAAUGAGCUGAGAAAACCCGUCUUGUGUGUUUGUCCCGAUUGUAAACCACGUGCGGCGCGGCCCCGUCGUGGUCGCUGGAGGCCGUCCUGCCCCGGCCGGGAGAGCUGAGCCCGUGCGCGUGUGCCUGAGUCUGGGGACUGCCACUGGGAGACGACUCGUGGGCAGGAGGCCGGCCCCAGCGGCUGCGGAGUCCAGCGGCCCUGGGGCGCGGGGGGCGACUCCCACAGCAACAGCCAGAAAGGAGAUGCCUCCUACUUUCAAACCAGCAAGAGCAACUCCCUCUGCGACCUCUCUUCACCAUGUACCUCUUGUACCUGUUUGACAGUCACGCAUCUGCAGCGCAGGCCUUGGUUUAGGUUGAACCUACCUAAACAUGUCAAGAAAUUCUGCCUUAAUUGCAUUGUGUUCAGGCAACUUCAGGCCACAAGGGCCUUUUGCAAUUACCUUUUGGGUGAUCAAGUUGACUCUUUUAUGUCAGAAGGGUCCAGCUGUCAUCUCUGAGGCGUUACUAGCAAGCGGAAGAAGCAGGUGUCCUCAGCAAUAGCCAGAGUGCUGCAGGAAAAAUAAUUCACAGAGACUUUUUGUUUUAAUUGUGUUGAUGGUUGAUUGCCCUGUUUUAUCAGUCUCCUGCCAACUUUCAUUCCCUGUGCCUUCAGAUAGGAGAGUUUUUAACAUUCUCUGGACUGGUUUUCCAGUCUUAAAGUGUUAAAUGCUUUUCUUCCUUUCUAGAGCCAAGCACUCAAGGCCAUUGUCCCUGCAGGGCACAGCAGUGACUAAAAACUCCAGCAAGGGACUGGCGAUUUCGUCUGGUGCUGUGCGGUGAUCUCUCUGAGGAAGGUGCUAGCACUGAGGUAUGAAAACCCAGCCGAGAAGGACACGGUCCCCAACCUGUGAAGUUGAUUUGUAGCUGAAACCGUGGGGUCCAUUUUGUGAUAACGGUUCCCAGUGAGCAAUUUUGAAAUGCGUAUUGACAUUUGUCAAUUCAAGAUUUUAAGGAUGUGUUUUGCCUUUUAACCAGUUUGGCUUUCUUUUUCUUAAUUGCAACGCCUGUGUUUUUAAAACUAUGAAUAGGAUGGUUUUCUUGGGUAUCUGCUGAUCUAAGACAAUGCAUUUUGAUUGGAAAUACUGUGAUCAAAGGGAACAAUUUGGCCACUAGCAGCGGGUACUACAUUGACAUGCAAGAGCCCGAGAAGCCUGGUUGCACUUCCUGCUGUUCAGCAAAUGGUCCAAUUAGGUCAGCGAGCUGGAGGGCCUGGGCGGUUGGGCCCUCGACCCAGCCCAGAAUGUCCUGAGUGUUCAGGUACGAGAGUUUGAGCUGCCAGAUGUUCUGCAGUGGAAAGGCAUGUCGAGACUCCAGGUGAAGUCAUGUGCUAACAAGGUUCUGGUCAUGGACUCUGAAGUAAGUGUUCUAGCUUCAAUACUAAGAGAACCUCAACGUGCCUUUUGCAAAAGACCAACAUUUGAAACCGAAAAGCUGAAUUUUACAGAAGCUGUGGAAUCGCUUAAAAACUGUCACACCCUAAAACAGUUAUAUUGCCUAGGUGUUAAAAUUCUGUAGCUAUUGUACAAUUACUGGGUGGUCUCUCCAAACAUAUUUAUGCCUGUCAUUUAAGAUGGUUUCACUCAAGCCUGAAUAUUAAAGUGUAUGUGCACAAGCUGCUAGCUGAAGUGUUUUUCUUGUGAUCUAAUUACAGACACCAGGAUUUUUAGAAACUUCUUGAUUGUUUAAGUCAUUUCACACAUAACUUUGAUCCUUUUGCAAACACUUAAAUUUAAUGCCUUGCCCUCCCCCCAAGAGUGUGGGAUUAUAUGUCAUUUCAGUAGCAGGGUUGUGGAUGACUUUGAGAAACAGAAAUACAGUCUCUUCUCUCAGAUCUGUAUAGCAUGUGAAUAAAUUCUAAGGAAAUAUAGGGAAUGGGAUAGCGUGUAAGUUACAAUGCUUAUUAAGCCCUACUGUAAGGGCAG